CUACGAAAAUGCCACCGCCCCGUUCAACGAGAGCCACGACGUCGUCCUCCCGUUUCCCUAGAUCGGAUUCUUAUCACCUCUACGGAGAGCGAGGGGCUCGCGAAUCCCAUCGAUCACCACCACAACCCAAACCCUAAUCGAAGGGAUCUCGGUUCCUUCAGGGCGAUGGAGGGGACGAAGAGAGUCUCAUUGAUAUCGGCGUUGGUAGCGGCGCAACUUCUACAUGCGUUGGCCCUCCCCAUAACCGCUCCCGCAUUCCUUUGGUCUCCUCACAAUCACGGAUUUUCUGAUGAUGGUACUAAGGAGGUUGUUCACUACCAUACAAUCUCCCCAAAGGAUUUAGCUAAAUCAGUUUUUGACGAAGGAGGCUGGUCAAAAUUGCUGUGUUCUGGGGAGAACCUUCACGAGAGCGUGGAUGUUGCGCUUGUUUUCGUCGGAAAAGAGUUGCAAUCAUCAGAUCUCUCUAAAAGUAAAGAAGUUGAUUCAGCUUUGGUGAACCUGCUGAAGCUAUCAUUCACAAGCUCAAAUUUUUCCAUGGCAUUCCCAUAUGUGGCCAUAUCAGAUGAAGAAGCAACAUUGGAAAAUUCACUUGUAUCAGGGUUUACUGAGAACUGUGGCAAUGGAUUAGGAGUAAAUCGUGUAGCUUAUGUGGACAGCUGUUCAAUCAGUGGUGAAAAUCUUCAGAAACUUAAUGAUUUCCGUGCAGUUAAAGACUUUAUGGGUUCAAGGAUCGAAACAAGUGCGGGAAAGCUGACAGAUCUAAUUGUUUUCUGUAAUGGGGGUUCCAAAGAAACGGACAACACAAAGUCUGAAGGUGAGAUUUUAUCGGAACUUGUGAGUUCCUUGGAGCAGGCCGGUGCCAAAUAUGCAGUUCUCUAUGCUUCCGAGCCCCACAAUUUUCUUCACUUCCCUUCUCAUUUGGGAUUAAGUAGGUUUCUUGCUGAAGGCUCCACUCACAAUGGUUCAUCUAAUUCCACCAAAUGUGAUGUAGUCUGUCUAUUCAAAUCCACACUUCUUGAAGGGAUUUUUGUUGGAAUUGUGCUGCUCAUAAUAUUGAUAUCAGGGCUCUGCUGUAUGGUAGGAAUCGAAACUCCUACAAGAUUUGAGGCUCCCGCAGAAUCUUGAUUUGUCUUUCAUUUUGGAAAUUAUUUAUCGGAACCGGUAGCCUAAGACUGAUGGGCGAUUAUAUGAAGUUCAUCAGUCGUAAAUGUUGUUUAAUACACAACUCGUUUGUAAGGUGGUUUUUGUUUCUGUUCAAUAAUCAUGGACCAAACUAAAACUUGCUAUCCUUGGCUCUCUUUUGGGAUUUUUGGAACCGUGCUGUAUCUUUUUGACAGUAUCUUUGUAAAGUUAAAGUAUUCACACACUUAAAAUUCUUAGUUGGGUUAUUUUCUCAA